AUGUCAGAGGAGGAGGAUAAACGCAAGGGCAAGAUUAUUCCGGUGACGGAAAACGGUGACGGAGAUCAGUUUCCAAUAGGCAUGCGAGUCCUUGCAAUCGAUGCUAAUUCUGUCUCUCUCAACUAUCUCGUUGCUUUACUUAAAAUGUGUCGAUACAAAGUGGUCUCUGCCAACGACGACCGCUCAAACAUAUGGAGAGCUAUAAAUAAUGGUGCUCGGGACUACCUGUUGAAACCCGUUCGAUUACAGGAGAUAAGCAACAUAUGGCAACACGUUUACAGAAAGAAUCUUGAAAAUCCUGAGAAAUCUAGCAUUACGAAAGAAAUACCGGAGCAAAUAUCAUUGCCUGAUCAUCCGAAAACAGACGACGGCGAACUGAGAAAGGAAGAAGACGAGACCAACCCUCAUCAGCCCACCGAGAAGAAGCCUAGGUUUGUGUGGACGCUGGAUCUUCAUUGUAGAUUUGUUAAUGCUAUUCAGGAACUAGGAGAGCGUGAGGCAGUUCCAAAUAAGAUACUUAAAAUUAUGAAUAUUCCUGGACUAACUCGGGAAAAUGUUGCUAGCCAUCUUCAGAAGUACAGAAAUAUCUUGAAGAAGCAAACCGCUGCAAUGGCCGAACGGAAAAAUCGUGAACAUGAUAAGAAUACAGCUAGUGGAAAUUCAGACAUUAAGAAAGGCCAUGGCGCUGCCUAUGGAAGUAGUACGGCAGGUAUGCAAGUAACCGGUAAUUACAUCCAACAUCCUGGUACUGUUGUUCCAAUAUUAUCUGAACAAUUGAGUAGUUUUCCCACGUAUUUGAAACAAGAAAAUCCUAAAUCCAUGGAGAUGGGUAUGUUUCCACACCUCAUGCAAUAUCCCCAAAAUGUCCGCCAAAUGCAGCAAGGGAUCAUGCCUAAUCAUAUGUAUGGGAAUGCUCCUCCUUCAGCUCCAUUGCCGACCAGAACCUACCACCUUCCGGCCCCGGAAUUUAAGUAUCCAAAUAUUUUUCCGGGAAUCAAGCUGCAUGAUGGAUACAUUGGAUUUUCCGGGAAUCAGGCUACUCCAAACAGUACAAAGCUUUAUUCGUACCCGGCCUCCGGCGCCGUUUGCUACCCGGCCUCUCAAAUGCUUGGAGAUGCUUCAACUCAGAUGGGUGCAAGUUCCCACCAUGCUUCUGUUGCUAGGCCUCUUCAAACUUUUAUGCCUGGAGUUUUACCUUGCUCUCCUAUUGAUCAAGACGAGAGAAGAAGUUCCUUCAACUUCUGUGAAACUGGAGAAGCGAAUCUUAACCCGAGAAAUAUGGACUAUCCAGAUUCUAUGGAAGAUCCGAAUUUAACAGACUUGAAAGGAGAAGGCAAGGAGGACAAAGCCGCGCAAUAUUUUUCAGCUACCCCAGACGAGGAAACUAGUUUCCCUCAUUAUAGCAGCAGUUUCAUGGAUGAUGAUCUUUCUGCGAUGGUCAAAGAGGCUAGUAAUGUGAAAGAUCUCAUAUGA